AUGUCGGUGAUGGACAACAGACAAAAUGGGUGGGUUAGUCACAUGAUUGUUUCCAUGGUGGUGGUGUCAGCGGCCCUCCAGGCACUGAAGCGCAAGAAGAGGUAUGAGAAGCAGCUGGCGCAGAUUGAUGGCACAUUAUCAACCAUUGAGUUCCAGCGAGAGGCCCUGGAGAACGCCAACACCAACACCGAGGUGCUCAAGAACAUGGGCUAUGCUGCCAAGGCCAUGAAGGCGGCUCAUGACAACAUGGACAUUGAUAAAGUUGAUGAGUUGAUGCAGGACAUUGCUGACCAGCAAGAACUUGCAGAAGAGAUUUCAACAGCUAUUUCAAAACCUGUAGGGUUUGGAGAAGAGUUUGACGAGGAUGAGCUCAUGGCAGAAUUAGAAGAACUAGAACAGGAGGAACUAGACAAGAAUUUGCUGGAAAUCAGUGGACCUGAAACAGUUCCUCUACCAAAUGUUCCCUCGAUAGCCCUACCAUCAAAACCUGCCAAGAAGAAGGAAGAGGAAGAUGAUGACAUGAAGGAAUUGGAGAACUGGGCUGGAUCCAUGUAAUGGGUUCAGCGCGGGCUGGGCCCAGACAGACUCUGGUGGCCUGCAUGGCGGGCAGGCACAUGUGUGUGUGGGGGCAGGCACGACAUGGUGCAGGCCAGUUCCAUCGCUCUUGAGUCUCACUCCAAAGCAGUAGGGCCGCGUUGCUGCUCACACUCUGCAUAGCAUGGUCUGCACCUGGUGAGACAGGUGGGGGGAGGGGGGUGGGGUAGGGGGUGCCUGCUGUUUAUAGUGUUGAUUUUCUGUAAAAUAAACUGUAUUUGCAAAUCCAGCAUUGAGCUUCUGGACUACGCUAACUCCACUGUUGAAUCUGCAAUGGAAAGGGUUGACUGUUUGUAGUUGACAUGACCUGAAGAUGUAGCCUCUGUCCUUUUAAGUCAGUUGACUGUCGCAUAUCUCUUUGUAUACAUGUAUGGUACUGGCAGAAAAGUUGUUUUUAAAGCCAUAGGCUUUUCCUUGUCUGUAGCUGUAAUAAUGCAUCUGAUUUUGAUUUCCCCAAGAGCUGUAUUUCUGUUUAUCACCUAUGUACUGGCCCUGUGUUUUCCACUCUAGCCCACUCCUCACUCCUACUGCCCUGGUCUUUUGGAGUUUGUGACACUGAUUUGAAAUGGAUGGUGUUCUCUUGAGAGCAAGUGAGAUUGUUAGAAUCAUGUUCCAGCUAUACAGUUUUCUAACAUAGUUCUAAGGUUCUUGUUGCUGUUUGUGAUAACUGAUAGAUAAUUCAUUGGAAACAUGUGCAUACAUUUAUAUUCAGAUGAAAUUAUGGUUUGCACUGUCUAUUAAAUAUCUCAAUUAAUUUUCAUA